ACUCACUCUGCAGAGAGCAGCCAAACAGAGAGCAGCCUCUUGCAUCUGCUGUCAUCACUGUGAAGCCAGGCGGAUGCUGCGGAGCGCUGCGGAGCCUGAAGUGAAAAAUUCACUUGGGAUCUGGGAAGUGUGUGAUUGCAGAGGAAGAGGAGGUGGAGGAUUCGGGGGGGAAAGGAGGAGAGGAGAGGAGAAGCAGACAGUCUCCCUCCUAUUCAGCAGCAGCUCCAACUUCAUCAUGGAUGUCUGGAGUAAAAAACUCCCAGGAAUUAUUACACAGGUCGCCCUGAUACUUUUCAGCUCAUGCGGGGUAACAGGAGGAGAGGUGUGUCACAGUCCCCUGGUGUCAAAUCUACUGCCCUCAUCCUUCAGGAGCUCCUCACAAUUGUCUGGCAGCCACGGGCCAGGUUUUGCUAAGCUGAACCGAAGAGAAGGUGCUGGAGGUUGGUCUCCCCUGAGUUCAGACAGGUAUCAGUGGUUGGAGGUCGACCUGGGUUUGCGCACAGAAAUCGCUGCUGUUGCCACCCAAGGCCGUUAUGGCAGCUCUGAUUGGCUGACAGCCUACCUGCUGAUGUUUAGUGACACAGGACACAACUGGAAACAGUAUCGACAGGAGGACAAUAUCGGGGCCUUUCCAGGUAACACAAAUGCAGACAGCGUGGUCCAGCACAAGCUCCAGCAUCGAGUCAUAGCUCGCUAUGUUCGCCUCAUCCCACUGGACUGGAAUCGAAAUGGCCGCAUUGGACUCAGGCUGGAGACGUAUGGAUGUCCUUACAACUCUGACGUGGUGAGCUUCGAUGGCCACAGCAGCCUUCUCUACAGGUUGAGCCCCAGGCUGAGGCAGAUGUUCAGGGAGAGCGUCUCUCUGAAAUUUAAAACCCUGAGGAACUCCGGAACACUGCUUCACGCAGAGGGCAGGAACGAGCACAGCCUCACCCUGGAGUUAGAGAGAGGAAAGCUUCUGUUCAUCCUCCGCAAAGGCCAUGUUUCCUCUCGUGACAGUCAGCAUCUGGUGUCUCUGGGCAGCCUGUUAGAUGAUCAACACUGGCACCAUGUCGCAGUGGAGCAUCAUAGUGAUCACCUCAACUUCACUGUGGACAAAAACACAGUGUGGCUGCAGAUCCCAACGAGUUUCACCCACUGGAACCAUGAUCAGAUGAUUGUGGGAUCAGACCGGGUUCUCAGCUCGUGGAGGUCUGUCGGGUCAAACAGAAAUUUCUGUGGCUGUUUGGAAAACAUAAUUUACAACGGCGUGAACCUGGUCGACCUCGCUAAACAGAGAGACCAGCGUGUCACUGUGAAGGGCAACGUAACCUUUUCCUGUGUUGAACCCAUUUUUGUUGCCAUGACGUUCACUGGCCCCCAGAGCUUCCUGUGGUUGCCAAUAGUGACCAACGCGUGGACGAUGGGCAUGACAGUGGGGCUUCAGUUUCGGACGUGGAACAAGGCGGGGCUACUGCUGACCUUUGAACUUCCACACCAAGGUGGUGCAGCCUGGCUGUACCUGAGCAAAGCUGUGGUGUAUCUGCAGAUCCACAAGCCUGGCAGGGCUCCACUGGAGCUUAACACAGGUUCCGCUCUGAAUGACGGUCAGUGGCACUCUGUGCUGCUGAUCUCCAGACGAGGACAUCUGACGAUCGCUGUGGACGGAGAUGAAGGAACCACUGCUCAUGCAAGUCCCGCGUUUGAUGUCACCUCAGCUCAACUCGUCUUUGGUGGUUGCCCCACUGAUGGGAGCAGCCAGGAGUGUAUGAACCCCUUCAAGGUUUUCCAGGGCUGCAUGCGUCUGCUGACUGUGGACAACCAACAAGUGGAUUUGAUCAAGGUGCAGCAGAGGCUGAUCGGGAACUACAGCCACCUGCUGAUUGACAUGUGUGGCAUCAUUGACAGGUGCUCUCCGAAUCAUUGUGAACAUGGAGGCAGCUGCAGUCAAUCAUGGAGCACCUUUCACUGCAACUGCUCCAGCACCAGCUACAGCGGAGCAACCUGUCACAGCUCGAUAUACGAGCAGUCCUGUGAGGCGUACAAACACAAAGGGAACACAUCAGGCUACUAUUACAUUGAUGUGGAUGGCAGUGGACCCAUCGGACCACAGCUAAUAUACUGCAACAUGACAGAGGACAAGACAUGGAUGGUAAUUCAGCACAAUAACACAGAGCUCACCAGAGUUCGACCAUCGCAGGGGAAGACACAGCACUCGGCUCACUUUGAAUAUGCUUCUGAAGAGAAGCAGCUGGUGGCCGUCAUAAGCCAAUCAGAACACUGCGAACAGGAGCUGACGUAUCACUGCAGGAAGUCCCGUCUUCUCCACACGCCAGAUGGUUCUCUGCUCAGCUGGUGGGUGGGAGGUCUCGGUGAAGGACAGAUACAAACCUAUUGGGGUGGAGCUCCACCAGGCAGCCAGCAGUGUGCCUGCAGCCUGCAGGAGAACUGUGUGGACCCCAGACACCACUGCAACUGUGAUGCUGACCACGUGGACUGGGCUAAUGACUCUGGCCUGUUGACACAUAAGGAGGACCUACCUGUCAGAGCUCUGGUGCUGGGCGAUGUCCAACGGCCUGGCUCCGAAACCGCCUAUAGGGUAGGACCUCUCCGUUGCCAUGGAGACAAAAACGUGUGGAACGCUGCCUUUUUUGACAAGGAGACGUCAUACCUCCACUUUCCCACAUUUCACGCCGAGCUGAGCGCCGACAUUUCCUUCCUCUUUAAAACCACUUCAUCCUCUGGUGUCUUCCUAGAAAACCUGGGCAUCAAAGACUUCAUUCGGAUCGAACUGAGUUCCUCCACUGAGGUCCUCUUCUCGCUUGACGUGGGCAACGGUCCAUUAGAGGUCACUGUGAAAGCUGACUUCCCACUCAACGACAACAGGUGGCACCACAUUCGAGCCGAGAGGAACAUUAAGGAGGUGUCGCUUCGCCUUGACGAGCUUCCUGGUGCCUCGCAGAAGGCUCCGGCUGAUGGUCACAUCCACCUGCAGCUGAACAGCCAGUUAUUUAUAGGAGGCACAGCGUCCAGGCAGAAGGGCUUUCGAGGUUGUAUUCGUGCUCUGCAGCUGAAUGGCGUCACCUUGGACCUAGAGGAGAGAGCCAAGAUCACCCCUGGGGUUCAGGCGGGAUGUCCAGGCCACUGCAGCAGUUACGGCUCCCUCUGCCAGAACCAGGGUCUCUGUGUGGAGAGACCCAACAGCUUCUCCUGUGACUGCGUCUCAUCAGCUUACACAGGAGCUUUCUGUGACAGAGAAGUUUCAGCCAGCUUUAAGUCAGGAACGUCCAUCAGCUACAUCUUCAAGGAGCAGGUGGUGAACGUACUGAACAGGAGUAGUAGUGUGGUGGCCUCCUCCGUGCACUCUGACAUGACUCUGAGAGCAGAAAACAUCUCCCUGAGCUUCAGGACCAGCCAGAGUCCCGCUCUGAUCCUCUACGUCGGCUCCUACCACAGAGAGUACCUGGCUCUGCUGCUCAACAAACACGAUAAGCUGGAGGUGCGAUACAGAUUGGACAGCAGCAGAGAUGCAGAAGUCCUGAGGAGCAAUGUGAAGAGACUCGCCAGUGGACACCUUCACACCGUUACUCUCAGCAGACUAGCAGAUGCUGUCUCUAUGCAGAUUGACCAGAACCCCAAAGAAGAGUUCAACCUCACAUCAGAUGUAGAAUUUAAUGGCAUCAGGCUGAUGGUUCUUGGCAGACUGUACAAUUCUGGUGAGAUGGAUCCAGAGCUGGCUCAGCUCAGCUCGCUGGGUUUCAUAGGCUGCCUCUCUGCUGUCCUCUUUAACUCCAUCAGCCCUCUUAAAGCCGCCCUGCUCCACCCUGACACCAGCCCCAUCAUCGUCACUGGUCCACUAGUGCAGUCCAUUUGUGGUUCCAUGUCAGCCAAUCCCUACGCAGCAGAAACCACCCAUCUUCAAUCAGGUCAGUCUGAAUCCGUGGGAACAGGUGAGCCUUUAGUCAACACCAUCAGGAGCGACUCAGCUCUAAUUGGAGGUGUGAUAGCGGUGGUGAUCUUUGUGACGCUGUCUGCGUUAGCCAUAAUGGCCCGACUCCUCUACAGGAGGCAAAGGAUGUUUCAAAGCCCGGAAAUAAAAACAGUGAAAGCUGAGAACAGCCCGGAGCUGCCGUUCAGCAGCCAGACAAGCUCACACAGUGGACCAAGUGAGAACCAGAAGGAAUAUUUUAUUUAGGUGGACCCUCUCCUGACCUGGCACUGCUGAGGCUGGAGAGACAGACAGGGACUGUGAUGCCUUGUCAAACCUCUCAGAAACUGAAAAACUGAGCAGUGGCUCAACAAGACGGAAAGACACAGACAGUUCAGUUUUCACCUUUUUCUCUUUUUUUUGCUUCUGUGGUUGUAUUUUUGUAAAGACUAUGUACUGUAUAUAUUGAUGCACAAGAACAAUGUGUUGGGUCUAUAUAUGUGGAUACCAUCAGUAGGACAAUUGUAAAUAUCUAAACACGUACAAAUGAUGACUUUAUAUCAAUAAGUCUCCCGCUAUUCUAUUGAGAAGUUUGACAAUGUGAAACGAGCAGAUGCAUUUUUGUUAUUGUUGUUGGUCUGUGAUAUUUCUAAAACAUUUUAUGACUGAGUGAGUGAGUGAGAUUUACAAUUUGUCAGAAUGUUUUUGUUUGCUAGCCCCCAUUUUCUUCUUGCAUCCAAUGAAACAAAUCGUUUUAAUGUUACUCACAUUGAACAUUUCUAAUUUUAUAAAAGUCUCAAAGAUUAAUCCAUCCAGCUUUUCUUUUCUAAAGCCAAACAUGACUUAUAUUUAUUUUUCCUUUAGACCCUUUGUCUGGUUUUUGUUGUUUUUUUUUGUUUUUUUUUGGUAGUGGGGUGGGGAAAAAGCAUAUUCCAGUAUAUUCUACCAAAUAUUCCAGCACAUUUGCUCUGCAUUUGUAUCUUUUAAUAUAAACACCACCAAGGUAUUUGUGUGAAAGGUCAGGGUAUGAAAAUGAGAAGCACAUCAUGAUCAGGUGAUGGAGAGAGUACUGUUAUGAAAAGUGGCCAUACUAAUAAAUAUAUAUGAAUAAAAACAAGUUGAUGAGUUGCUCUUUGUCGGCACUGAAGGAAUUGUUUUGUUUGGGGUUUUUUUCUUUACACAAAGAGAAGUCAGUUCCAGGUUUUGUUUUGUCUUGUGUCACUACUACACUAUGACAACACAAUCAUCUUUACAGUGCUGGAGAGUUACUGUAAUGUCAAUGUCAAUGUGUUUGAGUUUGAUUUGAAUGUUUUAGUAACAAAAACACUUGUGUUCUGUGAAAAUAAAAUGAUUGGGUUUUUUUU